GGAAGGUGCCCUACUUGCUGGUCACUUACCCGGGGAGGAAGGGGUUUGACCAUAAUUUUUUUUACCGUUGACUGGAUUGUUUAUGUCGGGGAUACAGCACUGAGCUAGCUGAAGAGAUGCCUGUGUGAUUCGUGUUUUGUGUCACACUCCUAUAUCUCAAGUGACGUUAGAGGGGGACCACUUACCUGGAGAAACAGAUGAAUAGGUGCUGCAAAUAAGCUAGUCUUGUCUCUUUGUCUGUCUGUGAAAUGGUGGUGAUGGUUGCGUUGAUGAUAAAAGUGUGAGGAGAAGGCACUUGUGGUCCUCUUGCUGAACAGCACACUUCCCCAUGGAUUCCAGCAAUGACGAGGCACUUGAUAUCAUUAUCACCAAUGUGGUGGCAACCUUCAGGACCAGGUGCCACCUCAACCUGCGCACCAUUGCCUUAGAGGGAACCAAUGUCAUCUACAAGCCAGAAGUAGGGAAAGUCCUAAUGAAGCUUCGUAAACCCAAGAUAACAGCCUCAAUCUGGUCCUCAGGGAAAAUCAUAUGCACUGGAGCAACAAGUGAGGAUGAUGCAAAGCUAGGUGCUCGCAGGUUAGCACGCUGUCUGCAGAAACUGGGCUUCAAGGUGAGGUUUUCAGCCUUCAAAGUUGUGAAUGUGCUGGCAGUGUGCUCCAUGCCGUUUGCGAUCCACCUUAUAGACUUUACUAAGAAAAACCGACCCAUUGCCAGUUAUGAACCAGAGCUCCAUCCUGCUGCCACGUACAGGAUCAAAAAUAUCAAGGCUACUAUACAAGUGUUCUCUACUGGCAGCAUCACAGUUACAGGACCAAAUGUACAGAAUGUGGCCACAGCUGUUGAGCAGGUCUACCCACUGCUGUUCGAGUGUCGGAAACCCCUCUGCAAAUAAAAGCAAAAGGUUCAUGACAGAAGAAAAGGAAAGAGCAGGCACGUUGUGGGGAAGCACCAUAUCCUAGGAUUUGCUUGAUUUUUAUCAUUACAUGGCAACAGCCACAAACUUCUAACACAAUCAAAGGACUGGAUGUCACCUGGAUCUUUCAAAAUUCUCAGCCCUAGUUAGUCUUAAAAUUUCCCCCUCACAAAAUGUCAUUAUUGUUGUGGAUUGUUUGGCUCUUGUGAUUUUAACAGCCUAAACGUGCAAGUAUGUUUUUCAAACUUCAAAUCCUUCAGCGGAAACUGCUCCUCCAAAUCUAACUGAUACUGAAUGGAGCGUGGAAGUUAUUUGCUUUUGCUUUUUUUUUUUGUUGCUCUGGUCAUUUUUGCAUGGACACAGAAAGAAAACUUUUUCAGCAGUCUAAACAUUUGAAUGCUUAACAGUGGUGACAUUGUGAAGAGUCAGUAUGAUAACACUGAGAAGCCUCACCUUUAAACACUCUGUAUACAACAAGUCGUCCCAUUUGCCACAUCCUCUGGAAGAAUCUCCGUCCAAGGCUCGUUUUUAGAUGCAUUAACACAAAUACGAGGCAUCCCAUCCACUCUGUUUCCCGUAAUUUUGCCAAAAACAGCAGUCAAACCGUAGACUGAGUCUGGACUGUUACACAUGUACACAAUGUAAGAGCGGGCCCUAUGCACAAUAUGCACUCAUCUCUGAUUUUAAUUUUUAAUUGUUUCUCACAUUUCCUUUGUUGGAUUGUCAGUUCACUAUUAAAUUGUUUUCGUUUCUCCGCUGUGGCAUUGAAUCAGAAUGCACACAUUGUGAUUUACUUAAUUGUUGUUUCCUAAUAAUAGUUUUAAACACUAGUCAAAAUUGCAAAUAUUUCAUUGUGUUUUCUAGGCUCGGGCAAUGUACACAACAAGACUGAUGUCCAAAAUGUUUUAGAAUGCAAAGAAAAUUUUUAAAAGGUUCUGGUAUAUUUUGGUUUUGAGGUGGUGAGUUAUUGAGCCCCCCCCCCAAUCUGCUUUCACAGAACACAGCUUCUGGUUAGUCCCAGGCUAUAGUGGUACUGAGGAAAGGCGAGACAUUUUAAGUGGGCAAAAGAAUUAAAAGUUAUUAAAACACUGACGAGAACUGGCCUUGGAACUUGCUGUAAAGACACAGGACAAAGUGACAGAAACUCAUGGAGAAAGUAGAUUGUAAUUGUAAGUAAAUAACUAAAUAAUUACAAAAGCAGCCACUAAGUUACAGCAGUGCAACGUUGUCUGGCAGUCAGCUUAGUACUGUCAGCCAGCAAGAGGUUUGGCAAUACAUCCAUGUGAGAUUUUGAAGCAACACAAGACCAUGAACAGUGUUCAGAGAGGCCAUGCUUACAACAGUAGCCAGUACCUGAAUUGUCCGAAUAACAAACAUAGAAUACCGUUCUCUUAAAUAACAAAAAACAAUGGUGAGAGGUAAAGUUUUUAAGUGUGAACUGAAAACCUAGUGAGAGGCAAUGUGGUAUACGUAUGUAUAUAAUAAAGGCAUCUGAUGAAAAAAUUUUGGCGAAAACGUAGGCGCGUUGUCUCAAGUUGUUGGAUUUUUUGAAUCAGUGUCAACUGAAGAUUUGUGACGCUUGUUCAGAAUUUUGUAUUUUGUAUAAAAAUAAAGGUUAAUGGUAAACAAGGCCA